UGUUAUUGAACUCAAGAUAGUUAUCUUGAGAUUUAAUGCAUGCUUCUUUAUUAGAUUAGCACUUUUUAUACGUUUUGAUGUCUGGAUAUGUAUUUACAUUCUCAUCGAUACAACGUUACGGAUUUAGUGCUUCUUUUACUCGGUCUUUCUCUCUGUCAGUCUGAUGCCGAGGUUUGCGUUGAGUCCAUAUAAGCUUAAAGCUUAACUGUGAAGUGAACGCAUCACAAUCCAUGGCCACCAAGAUGUCAUCGCCCAGCGAUGUACGGGAAAAGAUUAACAAGAAGGGGAGAGCACUAAAGGAGUCUUUUGGAAGAGUCAGAGACGAUAAACAAGCUUUGGUUUCGUCAGACUGGGGUUUGUCUAAGGAGAAUGAUCACACUACGGUGGAGGAGAUGGCAGUUGAAGAAGAGGAUCCUGGCGAGACACUCAGACGUUCAUUAAAGGCAAAGCACAUGAAGAGAAAAAAGAAGCUGUUUAAGGAAAUGGUGCUGGAGUCUCCUCCAGAUGAAGAGAAUGAAGAGACAGCAGUGCAGGAGGAGAGAGGAGAGGGUCUACAGCGUGAUGAUAGUUCACCAGUGCGGUCACCUAGAGAUCUUCCUCCUCGUCCAGUGAUAAGACCAGGCUCCAGCCAAUCAGAGACCUCCAUGAAACAACGUGUGGCUGAGAAGCUGAGGGCAGCCAAGUCUAAAACUGCUAGUCUUCUGGAGCAGGAAUCCAUUAUUGAGCCUGUCAGCCGCCUGCAGAGUCUGCGAGACCGAGAAACCCUCACUAGAUUCGACAGAGAUAUUGAUCAAGAUCUGCGGGUUGAUGAAGACUCGUCUUUUGCUGCCAGGUUAAAGUUUCGUGGCGCAGCCAGAAGUGCAGCCCGAGACAAAAGGGCUGAGGAUGGUUUACCAACUGCUGAAGAGGCGUACAACUUCUUCACCUUCAACUUUGAUCCGGAGCCUCAGGAUAAAAGCCGUAAGCAAAGACAAUCCAGGAGAAGAGAAGCAGAGGAGGAAGGAGAGGCUGAAUCUGAGAACGAAGAAGAAGAAGAGGAGGAGGAGAAGGAAGAGGUUGAAACAGAGAGAGAGUAUGAAGGACAGCAGCUGGAAACCAGGGAUGAAGAUGCUCCACUGGUCAGCGACGUGGAGGAGGACUUGUUUGUCAUCGGCCAAUCAGAACAUGAUUUCUUGGAAGUCAGGAGGGCGGAGUAUUUGGGGUACAGCAGGCGGCUGCAGAGGGAGAGAGAGACUGUUUUUGUACCCAGCAUGAGAACAGUUCCUGCGUCUGGUAAGUUGCCUGAGAAUGUGCGUCCUCGCUACCUGGAGGAGGAGGGGCUAUAUGUGGGGGAGAGGCCAUCUGUGUCCCUGACCAAUCGGAACAUUCUGGAGAACCGCAUCCUGAAGCAGGCUGAGGGCAGGGAGUGGUUUGGAGAUGAUGGCCGUAUUAUGGCUCUGCCUGAUCCGAUCAAAGAGUCUUCCUCCAGACCGCCUCUCUUCCACCUGGAGGAUGAGCUGGAUCCAGCUCUGCACACUGUUUACAGAAAGGCUUUGAAGUCUAAGCAUGCGAAUCGCUACAUUGCGGCAAUGGGUGAUCCCCAAACGGACUACCAGCUGGACGUGGAUGUAUCUGGUCUCAUUUUCUCCCAUCACCCUCUUUUCAGCCGUGAGCAUGUGCUGGGAGCCCGUCUUGCCCAGCUGUAUGAUCAACACCUGACUGGAAAGCAAAAGAAGCUCACACAUCUUCUGACCGAUAAGCUGAAUGGCUUGAGGAACACGAUUCGUAACAUGCUGGAGCUGCACAGGGGAGAGGCUCUGAGUCAGGUGACCCAGCACAGGAUAGCCGAGUACAAACAGGAAGUGAGACACACUCGCCAUCUGCGUGAUGUGGAGCAAGAGAAGGACAGGGCUCUCCUUAAAAACAUCAUCAGAGUGUGGAAGGAGCUCAAAACCCUCAGAGACUUUCAGAGAUUUACCAACACACCUUACAAACUCUUUAUCAGGAGGGAGAUGGUUGACAUGGAUCAGGACGAGCUGGAGUUCAACAAUGAGAUUGUGAUGGAAGUUUCAGAACUGCGGGCGGAAGCUGAGGAAGACUAUCAGAGGAAGAUGAGCGAGUACAGGAGACGACACGAAGAUUGGAAAUCCUGGAGGAGAAAACAGAAAGCCCUCAAGAAAAAACAGAAAAAGAAACGACAGCAGGAGGAUGAAGAUGAGGAUGAAGAGAGUGAGGAAGAGCUGGGUGAGGAGCCCGAGAAGCACGACUCUCCAGAGAAACCGGACAUGACCGCUGUUGAAGAACAGGUACGGGAGAAAGCCACCAGGAUUCGCAGGAAACCCGGAGAACCGGUUCUGAUCCCAGAACUCACGGUGUCAGGGCCCGUCACCCCCAAUGAACAGUGUCCACGUGCUGAGUUUGCUCGUAGAGAGGACGUGGCCAAGCGUUCCCUCUUCAUCAAAGUCCUCUACAACGAUAAAGAAGUUUCCAGAACGGACAGUCGAACCCUCAAUAUGGAUUUUAGGGUUCACUUUGGUCAAAUCUUUAACCUAAAGAUAGUAAACUGGCCAGAAAGCAUCAAACUGCAGAUAUUCGAGAGUGUCGGCUCAUCUUCCUCCCAGCUGGCCGAGGUGUGUGUCCCAGUUCCAGAAUCUUCUGUCCUGACCGGCAGCGCGCCAUCUGAGGAGAUGGAGUUUAGCAGCAACCAGAGAGUCACAUUUAACCAUGAGGGUGUUGGAAGUGGUGUGCCGUUUUCUUUCGAAGCUGACGGCACUAACAUGCAAACCCUGCUGACCUCAGGGAAGCUCUCCUGCUGCGUCUCUUGGGCCGUUGGCAUGAACGACGUCCCUCUCGCUCCCCCAUCCAAUCAUCCUGUAGGGGGCGUGUACAGUGGUCUCAUGCAGAUGGACGCUAUCGCAUGUAUCGGGGCAUCUAGUUUGAACGACAUGAAGAAAUUGGGAAAGUGGGCGGCCGAGUCUCGCCUUGACCCCAAUGACCCCAACAACGCCUCCAUUAUGCAGCUGCUCUCGGUGGUGAGUGGCGGGGAGAUGGCAGUUCCUGAGUACUUCCGUCUGGAGCAGCUUCAGGAAGAGUUUAAUUUCCUGUCGGAUGAGGAGCUCCAGCGUUCCCGUCGCUUCCGUCUGCUGAUGCUGAGGAGUCAGGAGGUGCCCGAGUUCAGGCACUUUAAAUGCGUCCCCUCCGUGGAGCGUGAGAUUUCUGAGAAAGUGUUCCAGGAAUAUGAGAGGAGGAUAAAGGAAGGAGAGAUCAUUGAUACAAAGGAUCACAUCGAUGCACAUCGAGCUCUCGUUGCCAGAUAUCUUCAGAGAGUGCGAGAGUCCGUCAUUAAUCGAUUCCUUAUAGCGAAGCAUCAUUUUAUCCUGUCUGAUGUGGUUUCAGAGGAUGAGGUCCCCAGUAUCGGUGGUGCAGGUUCUGGGGUUUUGGGCUUGAACCUGUUUAAACUGGCUGAACCCAAGCGGCCCCUGAAGCCUCUCAGGAAAGAGAGGAAGAAGGUGACCGCUCAGAACCUCUCAGAUGGAGACAUCAAACUCCUGGUGAACAUCAUCAGAGGAUACGACAUCCCCAUCCGCAGACCUUAUACCAGUAAACCCCCAGUGUCUGCAAGGUCAGCACGACCCUUCACAGAGCAAUUUACAGCACCUGUGUCAUCCCAGACACCUGUACAGGGCAGUGAUUGGCCCCUCGGACAGCCUCUGAUCAGGCCUUUUGUGGAGGUGUCUUUCCAGCGUUCAGUUCUCCAGACAUCUACUGCUGAGGGUCCAAACCCCUGCUGGAAUGAAGAGAUUGUAUUGCCAUUUAGUGCUCCAAAUGGAGACUACUGCUCCACCAGUCUGCAGUCGUUCAAAGAUGAGGUCUUCAUUAACCUCUUCGAUGAACUUCUCUAUGAUGUAGUGGAGGAUGAGAGAGAGAGAGGAAACACUAUUCACACUCGGAUAGAGAGACACUGGCUCGGUUCUAUCAAGAUUCCCUUUAGCACCAUCUACCUGCAAUCUCGGAUUGAUGGAACGUUUAAGGUGUCCACACCUCCAGUUCUGCUUGGAUACAGUAAGGAGAGGAGUUUGGGCAGUGAUGGUGGUUAUGAUGCUAUCCGCAGUCUGAGUGAUGGAACCUUCCUCAGCCUCUUCAUCACCAUUGAACCCCAGCUGGUGCCUGGAGAAACCAUCAGAGAGAAGAUGAAGGAAGUAAAGUUUGACAGUCAGGAGUUGGAGCGCUUGCUGACGGCUUGUGAGGUCUUUGAAAAAGAGGCCGGUCGUUGUUUCUCCGACCGACCCUGUCUCACCACCGUCAUCGACAUGAACGGCAAAACCGUCUUCGUCACGCGAUUCAUUCGACCUCUGAACCCUCCGCAGAAGCUGCUGGAUGCUUUUCCAAACAGCCCUCAGGAUACUAUGGAGUUAGUCGCGCGUUAUGUGUCACUCAUCCCCUCUCUUCCAGACAGCGUGUCUUUUGCCAGAGUCUGUGAUUUAUGGAGCACAUGCGAUCAAUUUCUGACGCUGCUGGCAGGAGAUGAGGAGGAGCACGCUGUAUUACUCUGCAACUACUUCCUGUUUAUGGGGAAGAAGGCGUGGCUUAUCAUAGGCACAGCCAUUCCUGAGGGCCCUACAGUGUAUGUGUUGACGUAUGAACAGAGCCGCUAUCUAAUCUGGAAUCCCAGUACUGGUCAACACUAUGGACAAUAUGACAUAUUCUGCCCCCUACAGACCAUCGGCUGCCUCAUCAACACAGAUAAUGUUUGGUUUAAUAUGCAGCCAUAUGCUGCACCAGUAAGAAUGAGUUUUGACGUGUCUAGGCCAAAACUCUGGAAACCAUUUUUCUCACGAGCGUUCCCCGAUCCCGGCCUUUCCAGUGUGCAGCCGGAGUCUCUGGUGUACAGACGGACAGACAGGGCAGCUGCUGUCGAGUUACAGGACAGGAUAGAGAAGAUUUUGAGGGAGAAGAUCAUGGAAUGGCGUCCGCGUCACCCCACGCGCUGGAACCGGUAUUGCAUCUCUACGCUGCGGCAGUUUUUGCCUAAACUGGAGCUGAGCGGAGGACAGGAAGUGGCUGAGGAACAUCGUCUUGAGCUGCAAAGCCUUCUAGGAGAAUACAGGAUAUCUGGGUUUCCACUGCAUCUGCCUUUCUCAGAGAUUCGGCCAAUUAUUGAAGCCGUUCACAGUACAGGGGUCCAUAAGGUGGAAGCCCCAAAUGCAGAGUUUGCCCUGGCGGUCUAUGUACAUCCGUACCCCAGUAAUGUGCUGGCGGUUUGGGUGUACAUCGCCUCUCUGGUCUGUGCACACUAGAUCAAAAUGUAUGAAUUCAAAAUGUUUGAGCAUUUUUUAUGUACAUUUAAUGUAUUAUUUUUUUAAUGGUUUUUAUUUAAAAUACAUUUUUGUGCAUUUUAAUGGUACUUUUCUAUGAUUGUAUAAAUUUGAAUAUUUUAGAUAUUUUGUUGUCUUUUUUUAAUUGUGCUAAAUUGAGAGCAAGAAAAGGAAUUAUGACUGAUGUUUGUAAAUGUAGCUUUGUGAAAUUCCUUUUAUUUUUAAGUAGAUCCAUACAUACAAAUAAAUGAAAACCUGUUAUUGUUUAAGCUUAAAACCAAACGGUUUUUCACAAUAAUAUUGCUAGACAAUAAAAUAUGUUUUGCAUGUGAAUUACAGUAGUGACUCUCAGUCCUGAGAGACUUGAACACACAACAGAGACAGAGAUGUUAUCACUCUGUCUUACUGAUAUGUUUGUCUGGCUCAGACAGGCAGAAACAAAUCUAUCAGACAUCUGUCAGCAGCUGUAAACUCUUGUUUGCUUUGGGUCUUGUGUUGGACUUGUCGGGUCUUGCAGGUGUUAUUUCAUUGUUGAUAUCAAUAUGUUGAUUUUAGACAGCUGUCCUUUGACUUUGGUCUACUCUAGUGGAAUGGUCAAACAUCCUUAAAGGGACAGUUCACUCAAAAAUGAAAAUUCUGUCAUCAUUUCCCCACCCGUAAACUGUUCCAAAUCUGUACACAUUUCUUUGUUCUGCUAAACACAAAGGAGGAUAUUUGAGAAGAAUUAGUAGUUAAUUCUUAAUAAGAAAUAAUAAGUAACCAAAUAUAUACAUACAAUAAAUAUUCAAUGAAAUUUGAUUUAUGUAGCGCUUUUCACAAUGUUCACUGUUUCAAAGCAGCUUUACAUACAUCACAACACAUUAUACAUUAUAAAAAUAAAAUAUAUAAAUGAAUAAAUAAAAUAAAGACGGUAUAGUGUAUUGAAAUACAUGCUAUUAUUGCAUGUUUUUCUCUAUGCCAGUAGUUCUCAAACUGGGGGCCCCCGAGAUGGAUCCAGGGGGUCACAGAUUUUGUGGCAUUUUAUGAAAUAUAGAAAUUGAUCAUAGAUUUUAUGCAAUCAAAGGGGGCCUUGUAGAACCACUGCUCUAUGCAAUGUACAUUGAUGAAACCUAACUGAAAUAAAUAUGUUCGAUUGUUAGAAAUUGUAAAUCGGUCUAUUGAAGUACAUGCUAUUUAAUUGAAGUAUAUUAAUUUAAAUACAUAAAAUAAAAAAAU